AUGGGAGAAAGAAAAGUGAUCAACAAAUACUAUCCCCCUGAUUUUGAUGCGGCCAAGUUACCCCGUCUUCCAAGAUCACAGAAUGAUUCAAUGAAAGUUUGGAUAAUGCUUCCCAUGAGCAUACGCUGCAAUUCCUGCGCUCAUUAUAUAUACAAAGGUACCACAUUCGAUAUGAUCAAACAAAUUGCUAAACAAAAAUAUCUUAAUGUUAUCUCUAUUCAUACAUUUUGCUUCAAGUGCACCCCCAGCAAGGCCCAGAUCGUGUUUCAGACAGAAACUCAAAAUAGUGAUUAUGUCGUCCUGAAUGGUGCUAAUCGAAAUUUUGAACCCUGGAGAAGUCAGCCUCAGGAGAUGGACGAAAGUUAUCAGUAUGCAAUGGAAUUGUUGGAGAAGAAGACGAAGAAGUUAGAGGAAGCAGAAGAAGAAGAUGAAGCACUUGUCAAAUAUAGCAAUGCUAGUGGUGGUUGUAAAUUACCAAUGCUCAGCAGGUAUUUGGUCAUCAAAAGACAACACAUUUACUAUAUGAAAACUACAGCAACUAUGAACUUGAAGAAGAUUGGUUCAGACUUUUAUUAG